AUGUCUGCGACAGGUGGCCAACCACCGACCGUCAUCUCGGCAACCCAAACACCAGAAGAAGAGGCACAAUACAUGUCAAUUGCCUACUCGCCAACCCAGAAUAAAGGUGCCGAGUCCGUUCGCCACCUGUGCACUCCGGACAGCUGGUUUUGGAGUCCCUCUACUUUUCCAGGAUGUUCCACGCCCAUGGACUAUGCCGAUUCGCAUGCCCACGUCAUGGAGUCCGUCAAUGAUCUUCAUAUAGUUCGCUAUGACCAGGCGUGGGCAAAGGGUGGACAUGUGCUAUUGCGAUAUACGGCUGAAGGAUCGCAUGCGGGGAAGCCGUAUAAAGGGAUUGAACGAUCGGAUCCUCCUCGGAAAGCGAGAUGGAGCGCUGCUGCUAUCUUUGAGGUUCAAGAUGGCAAGAUCAAAAGCUUCACGAAGGAUUGGGACCAGAAGGUGAUGCAGAUCCAGCUUGGGUGGGCGCCGGUGCAACAAUCGGAUGAUCCGAGGUGGAAUCGAGGAAUGUUGGCCGACCCGGAGAAAGCCAGGAAGGCGAAAUAG